GGUGACAAGAAGAAGCGAACCAAGACUCGCAAGGAGACCUACUCUUCCUACAUCUACAAAGUCCUCAAGCAAGUCCACCCCGACACUGGUAUCUCCAACCGCGCUAUGUCGAUCCUGAACUCCUUCGUCAAUGACAUUUUCGAGCGUGUCGCAACCGAGGCCUCGAAGCUCGCCGCAUACAACAAGAAGUCCACCAUCUCUUCCCGAGAGAUCCAAACCUCUGUCCGACUCAUUCUCCCUGGUGAACUCGCAAAGCACGCUGUUUCGGAAGGUACUAAGGCUGUCACAAAGUACUCUUCAUCCACGAAAUAG